AUGGCACACCCACAGAUCACUUUGAGCUUCCCACCUCAUCUCAAGAUUGAGACAGUCACCUUAGAGACUGGUUUAUUUAUCAACAACCAAUUCGUCGAGUCAGCGAGUAAGGGUACCUUCGAGACACUUAACCCGACCAAUGGCAAGGUAAUUGGAUCAGUCUCAGAAGCAAAAUCCGAAGAUGUCAAUAUCGCCGUCAAAGCCGCCUCAGAGGCAUAUGAUCAAGUCUGGGGUUUUGAAACCCCAGGCGCAUCGAGGGGUACAAUGCUAAUGCAGUUGGCCGACAAGAUCGAGGCUAACUUGGGCACUUUCGCGGCAAUGGAAGCUAUGGAUAACGGCAAGGCUUUCACGAUAGCUAAAGGCUUUGAAAUUCCGGCACCAGCCGCGUGCCUCAGAUACUAUGGCGGAUGGGCGGAUAAGAAUACCGGCCAGACAAUCGAGGUCAAUGAGUCCAAGAUGGCUUUCACCAUGCACGAGCCAAUUGGCGUGGUCGGGCAAAUUAUUCCUUGGUUAGAGCACUCAGUCUCCGCUCAAUCCCACGAAAAGUUUGCGGUCGAACUAUCUGUGAUACUUUUUUUUCUCCUGAUAUGUGCGCCACUUCUCGCUCAUCCAGGAAUUUCCCCCCCAGCACUAGCGACUGGAAACACGAUAGUUUUGAAGUCGGCUGAACAAACACCAUUGACAGCCCUAUAUCUAUGCCGAUUCAUCAAAGAGAUCUUUCCGCCCGGGGUGCUCAACAUUCUUCCCGGUUUCGGGAGUGGAGCCGGGCAGCCUAUGGCCAAACAUCCCUUGAUUGAGAAGAUCGCGUUUACCGGUUCGACCGCUGUCGGCAAACAGAUCCUCGCCCAAUCCGGCCAGAGCAAUCUCAAAAAAGUCACGCUCGAACUUGGUGGCAAAUCACCUAACAUGUAA